AGCAGGCAGUCAGAACAGUCGAAGAAGACCGGGAGAGUGAUCUUCUCCAAGUUAUGACACUAGUGUUCACUGGGAAGUAUUCCUACCAGAAUGUUCAAGUGAUUAGGACUUUGGAGUGCCUUAAACUCUACCAACCAUGUUGAGAUUAACUUGCAUCAUCAUUGUCGUCGGCGUCAGCGUCACAAGCAUCGUUGCGACAGAUCCUUGGGCGCUAUGGUGGUCAUACGAAGGAUUAUCGGGCCCGGACUAUUGGGGAAUACUCAAUCCUGAUUGGAAUAUGUGUAAAUUAGGUCACCAACAAUCACCAAUCAACAUUGAGCCAUCUCGGCUGCUCUAUGAUCCAAACUUGAAACACUUAAAACUUGACUUUACAUCGGUCAAGGGGCUGCUGAUCAACACCGGCCACGACAUCUCCCUCCACGUCACGUCCGAGGGAUACAACAACAUCAACAUGAGUGUGGGACCACUUUCCUACAACUACACAGUGUCGGAAAUCAAGUUUCAUUUUGGAACUUCGGAUAACACAGGAUCGGAGCAUACAAUAGCCAGCAUAUCGUUUCCUGUCGAGAUGCACAUCAUUGCCUACAACUCCGACCUGUACUCCAACAUAUCCGAGGCCAUCCAUGGAAACAAGGGGCUUGCUAUUCUCGCCGUCUUCAUGGAGAUUGGCAAGGAACCAAACAAAGCAUUUGUGUUAAUAACGAAAGAACUGAGGGGACUGCAUUAUAAAGGCAAGCGGGCAAAGGUCCAUCACCUGGCCUUAGAACAGCUGCUGCCGAAGACGGAGCACUACAUGACCUACGAUGGCUCCCUCACUUACCCUGGUUGCCAGGAGACGGUCACGUGGAUUAUACUCAACAAACCUAUCUAUAUAUCUAAAGAGCAGCUAUCAUCAUUACGAGUUUUAUACAAUGGUCGGGAGAAUCUUGAGGAUCUUCCAAUGGAGGUGAACGCCCGUCCACUGAUGCCUUUGAACCACAGGGUCGUGAGGACCAACAUUAACUUCAAGAAAGGUCAAGAAAAUGUUCAAUGGAGAAAGAUACGUACUAUCAAGUAAACGACUUGUACAAGAAAUAGCGUCACGUGAUUAUGUGUUGAAAAUUGCGCCUGCGUGCUAUGACGUCACAAACCUCGUGUUUGGUUCGUAUGCAGAGCUUCAAGUGCCACGGUAGGAAAGAAAUACCAAUAUCAAAAACUGUGCAAACCUAGAGGAUUAUGGGUAAUGACGUCACGGUGCUGAUUGUCUACAAGCAAUAUCUCCCUACGACUAAUUACCAAAGAACGACUUUCCUUCAAGAGGUGUGUUCUACACAAGGAUACCUAACUAUAGACGACCUAUAGUCGUCAAAUUCGCCUUGAAACUUCCAUGAACUUGUCUAAUCAUGCUCGUAACUGUCAUGUGGUUUCCGUGUAAUGGCCGAAGAUCAAGAUGGCGACUGUGGAAAUGAGAAUGAAAUGGCUUUUUAUCUUCCGGUUACCAUGACUACAAGUUUAGGCUUGUUUAGACGACCUUCGAAAGUAUCAUGUGCCGUGGAAUGUCCACGCAGAACCUAUAAGAUGGACGUGGAGUCACGUGACGUUAUUAAUCUCGUUCAGAGAGCAGUUCUGUUAGAACAGGAUAUGGAUACUUAACAGUGGUGGGCAUGGAUGUCUGAUGGAGAAUUAUGAGUUACGGGAUGUUCCGGUAUGCUUUCUAGCAUUGGAAAAGACAACAUCAACGGAACGCCAGGUUUACAGAUUCGUCCAACCAGGGAACAUAUAGAUGUCUGGCGUCUGGAUCGAGACGCCAGCAAAAUGCCAUUUGUUUCAUAUAUUUAUUACGGCGUCUAUUGUUCCAGAAUACUACUCUGCUUCGUGUUCUAGCCGACUGCGCCUGACUCUCCAGUGUCGUGCUUUAUACAUACCGUGUAUCAGUUGUCUCCCCUUUCAAAAUUCUUCACGAGGAGGCACAAAACUCCAUGUUGAUCUAAUCCUCGUCAAUAUCCUUCCAGCCUAAUUGGAUCUUAACGAACAGGACAAAAUGCUUAUCCGUUGGACCUAUAAUCGGUAAACGCUCAAAUUAUGUAUAUGUAAGCGAGUCAUAUGAUAUUUUUUACUAAACAUUAAUAACAAUUUGUUAUGAGCGGGUGUAUGGUUAUUGAAAAUGUUCUCAGUCCUAAUGGUUACAAAUGCCCGUAUCAUUUUAAGGUUUACAUUAAAUUAGUUAAGUAAUAAAUAUGAUUUGUGAGA